AUGCCUGAGUGGAAAGCCAUCUGGAAAACCAUCUUCAACCCGGAGGUGACCAUCGCCCAGGACGCUCCUGAUCUCGACGGUCCCGGAGGAGUCAAGGAGAUUGAGAACGUGACCUCCAUCUGGUCCAAGAAGGGUCUGUGGAUCGCCUGGGGCUCCAUGCUGCUGCUGGCCGUUGCCAUUGCUCUGGACGCCCAGACUGUCUUCGUCUACUCCACCUUCGCCACCUCCUCCUUCAACCAAAUGUCACUGCUGUCUGCUCUCGGAGUUGUGCAGUCCGUGAUGUACAUUGCUACUCGACCUGUCAUGGCCAAGAUUGCUGAUGUCCUGGGUCGAUUCGAGGGUCUGCUGCUCUCCAUUGUCAUCCUGACUGUUGGAUUCAUCAUGCUGGCAGCUUCGCCCAACAUUGGUACCUACUUUGCUGCCCAGAUCUUCUACGUUUUUGGCCAGGUCGGAAUCCAGUUCAUGCAGCAGGUGUUUGCUGCUGAUACCUCCGACCUGAAGAACCGUACCUUCUUCGUCAUUCUACCUAACCUGUGCUACCUGUUUGUGCCCUGGUGCGCUGCCCCCAUCACCAACGCCGUGCUCAAGCACACCACCUGGCAGUGGGGAUACGGAAUGUGGUGCAUCAUCGUACCCGUGGUCUCCAUCCCUGUGCUCACCACAAUGUUCGUCAACAAGCUCAAGGCCCGACGAUUGGGUCUGCAGGCCGGUCUGGCAGUCAAGAACUUCAAGAAGACCGUCCAGCACUUUGACUUCAUCGGUCUGAUUCUGCUGACUGCAGGCCUCGUCACUCUGUUCCUGGCUGCUACUCUCGUCAAGACCUCUGCCGACUGGAACAAGCCCCACGUUCUGGGCAUGAUCAUCGUCGGACCCAUCUGUCUGACCCUCUUCCCCAUCUGGGAAAUCUUCCCCAAAUACCCGUUCCUGCCCUUCCGAGUGCUCCGCAACCGAGUUCUGCUCACUUGCUGCUUCUACAUCGCCCUCUACUUCCUGGCCUUUUAUCUUUACCAGCCUUACUACUAUUCCUGGCUGAUGGUAUGCAAGAACCUGAGUGUUACUGCUGCUACCAACACCUCCGUGACUACCACCGUCUCUUCUACUGCCGGAGGUCUGUUCACUGCUAUUGCUAUCCGAUACACCAAGCGAAUCAAGCCCUUCAUUGUCGUUGGAUCAUGCAUCUACCUGCUUGGUCUGGGUCUCUCCUACAACUACCGACAGCCCUACCACUCCCUGGCACAGUUCAUUGUCUCACAGGCUGUGGAAGGUGUCGGAGCUGGUAUGCUGGGAUCCCCUACCCAGGUCAUGGUCCAGGCUGUUGUCUCUCAUAACCAGGUCGCAGCUGCUACUGCCGUCUACCUGUCUUCUACCUCCAUUGGUAACGUUGUUGGAGACGCCAUCUCUGGUGCCAUGUACCGACAGAUGUACCCCAAGCGACUGCGGGAGUACGCCUCUUUCCUCAACGAAACCGAGAUUGACACCAUCAUCAACAACAUCAACGAGCCCCUCAAGUACACCUGGGGUUCUCCUGAGCGAACCCAGAUUGUCACCGCCUUCAACAAGGUCUACCGACACAUGCUUUAUGGUCCUUUGAUUGUUGCUGGUGCCAUGAUUGUCAUUUCCCUGACUCUUCCUAAUAUCAACCUCGACGAGAUUGAGCAGCAGGUCAAGGGAGUGGUCUUCGGCAAGUCCCAGAAGGCCAACCAGGCCGACGAGAACCCUGUUGGCGACUUUGGAGGAAACCCUGUUGGUGGCUUCGGAGCCGAGCCCGUCGCCGCCUUCGCUCCCGAGUACAACGGACAGCAUGAUAUUGAGAAGAACGCGUACGAGCAGAAACUCGAGUUGGACACUGAGUCCGACAAGAAGUCCGAGACCCGUGUCUAA